ACCCUGCAGAUACCAUAAUAAGAUCAGAGAAUUAUUGAAUCCAUUACAUAAUCAUUUUGAAUUGCUAAGAUCAUAGUAUCUGGUCAUACUUUGCAUUCUUCAAAACUUCUCCAAGAAAUGGAGCGCAACUUCUUGAACCACAUGAGUAGGGAAGCAAUUAAUAAUUCAGAUUCACUGCUACUGGGAGUGGGAAGCACUGGUCUGAGAGAAGAUAUAUCCCUUAACCAAAAGCUUGACUACCCCACAAUUACAAGUACAAGUUCAACUCCUAAUUGGGUGCUCAAGCUUGUCAAUGAGUACUCCAUGAAAGAAGAAUCAUUUGUCACCCCAAGAUAUCGUCCAAUGCCAUGCACAAUGUUCCGGGCUCCUACAAACAUGAAACGAGUGGAUGAACAUGCCUAUGACCCUGUGCUUGUCUCUAUUGGCCCUUUUCAUUACAAGAAUCCCCUGCUAAAAGAGAUGGAAGAGCAUAAACUCCGGUUUCUUUUCGGUUCCAUGCGUUAUGAAAGCAAGGAAGAAAUAGAACACUGGCUCCAACGACUUGCUGAGGCCAUGAAGAGUUUGGAAGGGAGAGCAAGAUGCUGCUACUCAGAGGCCUUUGAACACAUUUCUACAGAUGAUUUUGUCCGCAUGAUGGUCAUUGAUGGUUGCUUCAUAAUUGAGCUCUUCCGCUAUUAUCUAAGGAGUGAAAAGGAAAUUUUAGAUGAUCCCAUCUUCAAAACACGUUGGAAGCCUCCUGUUAUUAGGUUGGAUUUGGUGAAGCUCGAAAACCAACUACCAUUUUUUGUCCUACAAGAAUUAUAUCUACUCACUGGCUUAGGCCACGAGCCUCCUCUCAUACAUGUUGCACUUAAGUUCCUUGACCCUUUACUCACUCGAGCACAAAAAACACCAAUACAAGACCACUUUCUUGAACAAGCACCAGACCAUUUACUUGCACUUUUUCACUCAACUUUCAAACCCAUAUAUCAUCAUCCCCUUCCAAGCUCUUAUGGGUCACUGAUGCAAGAGAAAAAGUGUUUAAUACCUAGUGUCAGGGAGCUCCAACGAGUUGGGAUUUUCUUAAAGAGUGGAGAGGGUGACCUAUUAGACAUCAAAUACCAUAGCCACCACAUGACAGUCUUGACUGGUAGGGCUUCACUAGAGAUUCCUCCUCUUUUCAUUGACCAUAAAACUGGACCUAUAUUGAGAAAUCUUGUUGCCUAUGAACAAUGCGAUAAAACUGUAAAACCUUAUUUCACAUCUUAUAUUAUGUUCUUCGAUGGACUUGUGAACACUCCCGAAGACGUUCAAAUUCUUCGUAAUAAGAAGAUCUUUUAUCAUGUUCUGGGCAGCGACAAUGAAGUUUCUGAGCUUCUCAAUGAUCUCACUAAGGAUGUUGCUUAUGAUUGGCAUGAGUGCUACCUUUCUCCACUGAUAUAUAACAUUUGUUUGCGUAGCAAUAAGGCAUACCUCAAGAUUCAGGCAGCGAUAAGACGUGAAUAUUUUUCUUCACCAGUCAAUUGUAUAUCAUAUCUUAUCACGUUUCUUUUAUUGUAUCUUACUAUCAUUCAGACCAUGUUUACUGUUUUUGCUUACAUUAGACCACGCCAUGAUAAUUAAAUUUCAAGUAGGAUUGAAUUGUAUGAUAAUUUGCAGUUACCCUUGUGACUAUUAGUAUUUCUCAAGUAGUAACAUUAAGAUGUAUUUAACAAGAUUGUGGCCUGGAAAGGAAAGUGUUUCUUUGAUGUGUGCUUCGUUAUUUUUUAUUUUGUAAUCACUAGAUUAUGGAACGCACUCGUGUGCAAUAUAGUAU